CCUCCACGUGCAGCUUCACCUCAGCUAACUCCAGAUGAAAGGGAUCAGAGGACAGUAUUUUGCAUGCAGUUAGCUGGUAGAACUGGUAGAAGACAACUGGAAGAAUUAUUUUCUCCUGUUGGGGAGAUGCGAGAUAUACGGGUUAUUGCUGAUCGUAAUUCCCGUCGGUCCAAAGGCAUUGCUUAUGUUGAAUUUCGUCUAGUAGAUUCUGUCGAUAAAGCACUGAAGUUAAAUGGUACGAAAGUUGAAGGAAUUCCAAUAAUGAUCCAACGUACUCAGUCAGAGAAGAAUAAGAUUGCUGCACUGCAAGCUCAGCAGAAAGCACAGCAAGGACCAACGCGUUUAUAUAUCGGGUCGUUACAUUACAACAUUAACGAAGAUAUGCUGCGUGCUAUUUUUGAACCGUUCGGAUUGGUUGAAAACGUAAACAUAAUAAGAGAUAGUGAUACCAAUGUUUCAAAGGGAUAUGGAUUCAUUCAGUACAAAGAACCUGAUAGUGCUAGAAGAGCUCUUGAGCAACUCAACGGUCUGGAGGUGGCAGGUAGACCAAUUAAAGUUGGCACCGUAACCGAUAGAAGUGCUGAUUUGUCAGCAAUGUCUGCACUAGAUGAUGAUGACACCGAAAGAGGUGGAAUCGAAAUGAAUUCGUUAUCACGUGUUGCGUUGAUGGCUAAAUUAUCUCAGACACAUAAUGCCACUACUGUGCCGGUGUCUGUGCCGGUGCCUGUGCCUGUGCCUGGACCAACUCUUCCUGCUACUGGUCUAAUUCCGGCAGCUAAUACGGUGCAAGCUUCGCCUUGUUUCUUAAUAUCGAAUAUGUUUGACCCAGCUAAAGAAACGGAUCAGGAUUGGGAUUUAGAUAUCCGUGACGAUAUCAUUGAAGAGUGCAACAAGCAUGGAAAUGUUUACCAUGUAUAUGUAGAUAAAACUUCCCCUAAAGGUAUUGUGUACGUAAAGUGUCAAACGAUUGAUGUUGCUGCUAGGGCGGUUAAGUCUCUAAAUGGGAGAUGGUUUGCAGGUAACAUGAUCACAGCACAAUUUUUAUCAUUGGCGAGCUAUCAUACGACCUUUCCACAAGCAGCGAAUGCUAAUACACCAUUGAAGCCUUCUGCGUCAUAGGUUAUGGUAAGGUAUCGCUAAGAUAAAGAGCAUCGUUGAAAUGAAGAUCAAUUAUCGGGCAAUGUGAAUUAC